AUGUCGGAGCCGAUUAAAAUCAUCAACAAACUGUUUAUUUCAUCGACUAUAACGAGUCCAUUGGAAGCAGCUUAUAUUGCAUUCCAUGCUUCACUCAUUGCAAGUGGAUUUCAAUGUAUUGGUUUAGGAGAUGAGUCAGCCGCCAAUGAGGAUAUAGGAACGGAUAAUUUACCAUCAGAAUGGAAUAAAACGAAUGUAUUUGCUCUUCGAUAUAAAAAUAAAUCUGAUCGAAAGUUAUUGGUCAAAGCUUUGGCUAUUGAUCGUGUUUUAGCUAUUAACGCUUUGAAUGCCGAAGAGGAUGUUGCCAAUAUUUCUAUCGACGUGAAGCGACAUGUUGAAAAUGAUCAAGAUUUCAGUACUGCAAAAGGCGAAAAUGUAUACAAGGAAUUAUCAGAGCUAUUGGAGAUUUUAACUACUUUCAUAUCGCAAAAACUUCAAGCUGACAAUAAACCCCAGUCUAAAAAUGUACCACAUCGCUACGCUGGUAGUACAACGGUCACAAGGCAAGUGCCACCUUCUCGUCCUCCAAUUUAUCCUGAAGAUGAUCCAUUGCGAAUCGGACCUAUGCAUGUUCCGCGUCCAAGUUACCAGCAACCAUUUUUUAAUCCGGAUGGCGAUCGAAUUCCAUGCAUGGGAGGAGGUAGCAUGUUGUUUGAUCCUCUACGCUCAGGUGGUAUUAGACCACCCAAUAGUUCACGAAGGUUUCCGCCAGAAAAUAUGGGUGCAGUCCCUCCAGGAGCUAGAUAUGAUCCAGUAGGUCCUUUCGGAUUUGAUCCUAGCGGACACGGCCCCAGAAGAGGAGAAGGGGUGAAUCUAGAUCAUCUGCCCCCUCCUGGUUUUGGGUCAGGAAACGAUAAAUUCGUCGCAGAAAAUGGUGUAAAUUUUCAAUGA